CUCUCUAUGGUGAGGUGGGGCUUUGCGGCGUGCUCAUGGCGGAGGUGCCCGAGGAGGUGCGGCUCUUCCUGCGGCAGCACCCGCUGCUCAGCCUCGCGGAGUCGGGCAAGGUGCGGUGCCGGCUGACCGGCCACGAGCUGCCGUGCCGACUGUCGGAGCUGCAGGCUUACACCGACGGCAGGAAAUACCGACGGCUGAUAAAGACAUCCAGAGAAUUUGAUUAUGGCACCUUCGAGCCCCAUAUUGUGCCCAGCACAAAGAACCUACAUCAGCUGUUCUGCAAACUCACUCUCAGACACAUCAACAAGCUUCCAGAGCACGUCCUGCGUCACGUCCAAGGGAAACGCUAUCAGAAGGCACUGAAAACAUAUGAGAAGUGCCAGAAGGAAGGGGUGAAGUAUGUCCCUGCCUGCUUGCGGCAGAAGCAGCAGCAGAGACAGCGCGCUGACGACCAAACGAAUGGGAGCAGGCAGCCUCACAGAACAGAAGAAUUCUGGGAGCCCAGCUCUCCCAGGACAGAUGAGGAUGAGGACGGAGAGGAGACGGACGACAGCAUGAGCGAUCUGUACCCACCUGGACUCUUCCCAGAAAAAAGCCCAGCAGCUCCACAAAACACAGAGGCCAACGAUGGUUUUGCAACAGACAGCGAGGACGAUGGGGCCGAGCUGAGUAGGGAGAACGGUGACAUGAAUGGAGAUGGUGACAGAAUGGAUGUCAGCAGAGCAGCUGGCAAGAGGGGAAAGAAACAGUCCGGCCCUUCAAAGAAAAAAUUCAAGAGCUGUCAUCAAAAACCCAAAAAGUUCAAGAAAACAACCAACGGUAAAUAAAUUUUUAUGAUAAAA